UUAGUCGCCUAUGUGAUGCCUCCUGUCCGACCGCUCUGAAGGACGACUCUCCUGGCUUCUCACUGUGCUCAGCCGCGAGGCCAAGGCACGGAGCUCCGCUUGCGCCUCACGAUGCUCGUCGGCAGCUGAGACACACAACACACACACACAUACACACACAUACACAAGGACUCAUCUGACUUCUUCGGGCUGUUCGUGUCUCUGUUGCGUACCGGCCAUGUCGGCCGUCUUUGCCUCCAGCAGCUGGUAUAUCCGGCGAAGGAGACCAUCUUCAGCCGCGUUGAAGGUGGAGGCCGAGUACAUGCAGCCCUGCGAUAUGAUGUAAAAGCCCGGCGAGGGAAUCAGAUAGGCGCCGCUGCCAUCUGGAGAGGGAAACACAGAGACACACAUGUAACCCGCCAGUGUCAUGACACUGUGUGCCAGUCGUGUCUUGCCUUGAGGAUGAUCCCAGGCGGCUCUUCGUCGAUCGCCAUCAUUGAAUAGAACACGCAGAUUCUGACAGGGCAGACAACACGAUGACCGACACAAAGGUGCCGACUGUGUCCUUAUGCGUCUUCUGACCUCGUGCCAGGCCAUCGAGACGUGAAAGAGGUCUCCCCCGCCCUCUGGCACCCCCUCACACCUCACACCGGGCGAAAGGGUCCACUUCUCCUCCCUCACCCCGCUGUCGGAAAUCUCGUCUGCUCGUCGAUAGUGGCAGCGGGGAUACAUCCAGCUGGUCGUGUACAGGAUGUGGGCCCUCUUCGCUGUUUUUGCCUCCUUGUCGAGCAGCGACAGAAUGUCUGAAGGAGACAGGGAGGAUUUUGCAGCCGACUGUUUUUUUCAUUUUUGGUCGUUUCUCACCGAGACAGGCCUCACGAGCGAUCAUGUCCUCGCACCAGAGUGUGUGGACAACGCCUUCAUUCAACAGAUGGACGCCCUCCUGCUCGAUGGAAUCGUAGCCCUCUGACGCGCCAGCAAACCGAGACUGAUUUUCUCUUCUUUGCUUGAUGGCUGUAUGAGUGCCGCUGGCCUUACGUUUUCCGUCAGUGCCGACGGGCGCAUCCCACUCUUUCUCCCUGCCCCCCUCGGUGAUGCCCAUCACGAAGCACAUUGACUGAAAGAGAAGGUAGGCAGCCCGACAACAACCGUACCCAGCUGUCCGCCUUGAUGUGUCUCGGCUCACCUUCUGCUCAACAUGACCAUACCACAGCUCAUUCGUUAGCUGGAGACACUCCUUGCUGUCCAGACGAUGCUUUGACGGAUCCGAUCCUAUAAAGCCGACGACAUACUCACACUUCAGUUGCAUCUGCUCGCUAUUGCCGUUGCUGCUGCUGUUGUUGUUGCUGCUGCUAUUGCCGCUGCUGCUAGCGCUGCUGUUGCUGUUGCCGCUGUUGCCUGACUUGAGUGUGUAGUAGAGGUGCAGCCCCGGUCGCUGGAGGUCUCUUGUAUCGUGAUCCUGCAACAUCACGACAACUGACACAAACGUGUCUUUUCCUUCGUAUUUCUAACCUGCUGCCAUGGGGCGGCCAAGUCAAACGUCGCUUGCUGUGCUUCCGCUUGCUGUGCUUCGGCAGUUCUCGAUGCGGUGGGCUGGUCGGGUGGGCUGGUCGGGUGAGCUGACCGGCCGGAGGCGGAUGAGCUGAUUGGGUUUGACCAGGGAACGUAUCUGGGCCCAUAUGUCCUCCGGGGAGAUGUCGGACAGCCUUCUGACAGCCUUCCGCAAAUCCUUGAUCUUCACGAGAAGUGGUCCGAUCUUCGCACUUGGCGUCGCUCUCGCCAUGCUGAACAGCAGGAGUCGAGUCUAUCAGGUGCAUUUUUCGUGGCUUUUCUGUUACACUCACGUGUCGGUUGCCCUGGCCGUUGAGUGUGAAGGCGAUGUGGAAGGCGAGCUGGGUGGUGGGGAGCUGGGCGGCAGGCUCGCUCGCUCGCUCGCUCGGUCGCCCUGGUCCUGCAGCCAGCCAGGUAGGUCAACAAGCAGAUAGACCACAUGCCACGAUUCCCUCUCAGCAUUUCAGCAGCAGUCUUGGCUUUCCUUACGUGUCGCUGGCGGUGGGCGAGACCGCUGCGCUGGGCGUCACGAAGGGGCCAGCUACAACAACGACACGACAAGAGAGACACAGAUGAUCAACCACUUUAUCGCAUUUGUGUCGCACCUGAGGCCUCUGCCAGUGCGGCUCUCAGGUCAGGGACGACAGACUGGAGAAGGUCCUGCCGAUGAUGACGAAGAGACUCCGGCCGCAGGAUUUCUCCGUCAACCAGCAAGUACAGGCCUGCGCCUCGGAGAACGUAGUUGCCACCUGCAGGCAUACGCAAAACGCACCACAGUGACAAGCAGAGAAGGAUAUCCAGACCGUGUGGUUCUUCCUUCACCUCCUGGAGCGUGAUCCCAAGAGCCGCUCCCGUCAUUUAGGACGAACUCGAGACGCUGAGUGGAGACACAUACACAUUUGGCAUAAGAGAAAGCACAUUUCACCCACUCGUGGGUCUCUGUGCGGUGUGCACUGCAGCUUACGCUAUGGAAUGGCAUUUGCGCAUGCCACACACAGCGGUCGGAAAACGCAUUGCACACGAUGCCUGGAGGGUCUGUCCAGCGGCCGUCGGUGGGCUUUUGGAAGUGGAUGCGGGGCGACGUCCAGCCGGUGAAGUAGAGAAGGUGCGCCUCUGCUACGCCACGCGCCGCCUUGUCGAGGAUACACAGCCGGUCUGACGAACAAACAAGCAGCUGGAUUCACGAUGAAAAACCCUGUGUCUCUCAUCGAUCAGCUUCUUACCGACAUAAUCCACGUUACACCUCAGGACGUCCAGCCUUCCGUCUUGGAGGAGGUACACGCCGUCCGCGGUGGCGCUGUAAUUGAGUUCUGAGAGUAGCACAGCAGAGGCGCAAGCAAUUUGGAUGACGGCGUCUGUCGUUCUGAAGCGCUCACUUCCUGUGAGUGACGGAGGAUUGUCCCACUCAGUGUGACUUGCGUCACACAU